CCCUUGUCCCCCACCGCGCGCGCUCCUCCCGCCCCGGAGCCUCGCCCUCCGCCACGAUGAGCAAAUGAGCGCGAGCGAGGGCAUGAAAUUUAAAUUCCACUCAGGGGAGAAAGUCCUGUGCUUCGAGCCUGACCCCACCAAGGCGCGAGUGCUGUACGAUGCCAAGAUUGUGGAUGUUAUUGUUGGGAAAGACGAAAAAGGCAGAAAGAUUCCAGAAUAUCUAAUCCAUUUUAAUGGUUGGAACAGAAGCUGGGAUAGGUGGGCAGCUGAAGAUCAUGUCCUGCGAGAUACUGACGAAAAUCGGAGAUUACAGCGGAAACUGGCAAGAAAAGCUGUAGCUCGCCUAAGCACAGGAAGAAAAAAGAAGCGCUGCCGAUUGCCUGGUGUCGAUUCUGUCUUAAAAAGCCUCCCCGUUGAGGAAAAAGAUAAAAGUGAUGAAAACUCUGUAAGCACUUCCUCUGGUGACAGCAGUGAAGAAAAGGAUGGAGCAAUAAGUGAAGAAAGUGACAUUGAAGAAAAGACUGAAGUGAAGGGACAACUGGAGCCGCGCCGGAAAAGGGCGAUGGACGAAAGAGCAAUCACUAUAGACAUCCCCGACGUUCUGAAGAAGAAGUUGGAGGACGAUUGCUACUACAUCAACAGGAGGAAACGGUUAGUGAAACUUCCGUGCCAGACCAACAUCAUCACGAUCUUGGAAUCGUAUGUGAAGCAUUUCGCGAUCAAUGCAGCCUUUUCUGCCACUGAGCGGCCCCGGCAUCAUCACGCUAUGGCCCAAGCCAGCAUGAAUGUGAAUUACAUCCCAGCAGAAAAGAACGUUGACCUUUGCAAGGAGAUGGUGGACGGAUUGAGAAUAACCUUUGAUUAUACUCUCCCGUUGCUUUUGCUGUACCCAUACGAACAAGUUCAGUAUAAAAAGGUGACUUCGUCCAAAUUUUUUCUUCCCAUUAAGGAAAGUGCCACCAGCACCAGUAGGAGCCAGGAGGAGCUCUCUCCGAGCCCGCCUCUGUUGAAUCCGUCCACCCCGCAGUCCACGGAGAGCCAGACCGGGGAGCCCGCCACCCCCAAGCGGCGCAAGGCGGAGCCCGAGGCCCUGCAGUCCCUGCGGCGCUCCACGCGCCACUCGGCCAACAGCGACCGGCUGUCCGAGAGCAGCGCGUCGCCGCAGCCCAAGCGCCGGCAGCAGGACACGUCGGCCAGCAUGCCCAAGCUGUUCCUGCACCUGGAGAAGAAAACACCUGUGCAUAGCAGAUCCUCCUCACCUGUUCCCGUGACCCCCAGCAAGGAAGGCAGCGCGGUGUUCGCCAGCUUCGAGGGCAGAAGGACUAAUGAGAUCAAUGAGGUCCUCUCCUGGAAACUUGUACCCGAGAGUUACCCUCCGGGCGACCAGCCACCUCCGCCCUCUUACAUUUAUGGGGCACAACACUUGCUGCGAUUGUUUGUGAAACUUCCAGAAAUCCUUGGAAAGAUGGCCUUUUCUGAGAAGAACCUGAAGGCUUUACUGAAGCACUUUGAUCUCUUUCUGAGGUUUUUAGCAGAGUACCAUGACGACUUCUUCCCAGAGUCUGCCUAUGUCGCCGCCUGUGAGGCGCACUACAGCACUAAGAACCCCAGGGCCAUGUACUAGCAGCCAUGGCUCUGCAAGAAUAGCUUCUCUGCAGCGCUCUGUGCUCUUGCUCCCCAGGGGAGAGCUGGGGAGCCGGUGGGAGAGGCUAUGCCCACCCUAGGGGGGCACUACCAAGGCGGGCCCAGUUCUUUGAGUUAUUACAUCCUGUAGUUAUUUCUCUUAAGUAGUACUUUUUUGAUGCCUGAACAGCCUGCAACAUCUGACCCCAGCCACUGCACGCGCCACCUGGGGCGGCCGAAGAGCGCAGCCGUGUCCCUAGUGAGAUGUUAGGAGAAAUGCGCGCAGGUCAGGCUGUUUCAGUAGGAAUUGGCAUUAUUAGCAAUAACCCCAGUUUUUAGUUCUUCGUUAGCACUAAGCAAAAUGGUUUUUGCAAACUUCUUCUUAGAUGAUAACUGAGCAACUCAAAUAAAUUUUCGUUUUGCUCGGAAACUGCCAAGUAGUCCCCGAAGAUUUUAGAAGGAAUUGCUAUUGAAGGCCAAAGAAAGGGGGCAGCUAGACAUUUGCUUGCAGUUCCUUUUCUGUAGAACCUUAUUUUGGGUGAUCUAAAGAAAGCCUUGCCUGACUUGUUUGAGAUUUUACAGCUCUACUUCGUUGUGUAAUGUGACGCUUCCCGUUCUGUGAGAUGUUAUUUUUGAGGUCCUAAAUAAAGCCGAGCCCGUCUUGUUGGAAGGAGCCAGGA